ACCGCCAAAUUCACAAAGCCCCAUUAUUUGUCGAACACAUCGCAUGCUUCGUUUGGCUAAGAAAAAAAUAGGUAUGUCCUUUUAGCAUUGCUUAAGCUCUCUUACCGAGCACGUAAUCAUUCAGUAGGUGAACUCACAGCUCCAUAGUGAAAGAUGAAGACUUUGUUGAUGUUCGCCCUUGCACUUUUGGCAGUCACUAAAUCUUUUUCUACAGUUGCUAAUGCGGGCUGGAGAAUUCAUGAUCCUUUCAGCAAUCCUAAGUUCUUACAGCUUGCGCACUACGCAUUGACUCGUCAACCAACGGCGGGUGGCAUUCCUGGGGUUGCUGUGCGACUACAUCAAGUCGCAACACAGGGUACCUAUCAGGAAGGGGUCCGGUAUUUGCUCAGCUUUGACCUCGUUCCACUAACCUGUUCCUCUCACCAAGUGCCAAGUCACAACAACAGUGCCAAAGCACAAGGCACAACGAGCUACACAUCGGUAUUUUGUAUCAUGGGAGAGGCGAUGAACUCCUGUUCAGCACUCGUUUUCGAAGAACCAGCAGGCAACGCUAUUCACAUUUUAGGAAUAGACUGUCUUCACUGAAUCCACUGUAUAAUUUUACCAGUAGACAAGAGGCAUAACAAAUAAAUAUUCCGACUGCACUAAAAAUAAUGAAACUUAGUAUUGCGUUCCACUGUAGGAUGAGUAGGUCAUAACACGUUCCUUUUUAUA